GUUUUUUCGGCCGAAAGAAAAUGGUCCAAGACAAAAGGAAAAUAGUGAAGGACAUAUCCGUCAUUAUGUAAAACCCUAAUGCAGCUGGUUCUGUGCUCCAUUUAUAGUCUCAACUCAACCUUCGUCUCUUCCAUUCUCUCACGUAUCCUCUCUUCAGUUUGUUCCUCUGUGAUAUUGAAUAAUCUUGCACGAUUUGCUUUGCGAUCUUCUCCUUUAGAUCAAACCACUCCACACUCACAGAGUGCUGCUAUCUAGACUGCAAUCAUGGCUGAUGGACUGGAGCAUCCAUCAGUUGUUCAGAAGCUAGCUGGACAGUCUUACCUUGUCUCCAGGCUUAGCCCCAACUUUCACUCCAGGAAUUAUUCUGCAACUGGUAUUAACCUUAAUGGAGGACUGCACACAUCUGGAUUGGCUGCCUUGUCAUCUGUAUCUCCAAUUACUGCACAUGCUCCAGCAGAGAAAGGACCAGAUGCUUUUAUGGUGGAUUUUCUGAUGGGCGGAGUAUCUGCUGCUGUAUCAAAGACAGCUGCUGCUCCAAUUGAGAGAGUCAAAUUGCUCAUUCAAAAUCAGGAUGAGAUGAUCAAAAGUGGUCGGUUAUCUGAACCAUACAAGGGAAUUGGUGAUUGUUUUGCUCGAACCAUGAAGGAUGAGGGUGUGAUUGCUCUUUGGAGAGGCAAUACUGCCAAUGUUAUCAGAUACUUCCCCACUCAGGCUCUGAACUUUGCUUUUAAGGAUUACUUCAAGAGGCUUUUUAACUUUAAGAAGGACAAAGAUGGCUACUGGAAGUGGUUUGCUGGAAAUCUGGCAUCUGGUGGGGCUGCUGGGGCUUCUUCUCUCUUAUUUGUCUAUUCUUUGGAUUAUGCCCGUACACGUUUGGCUAAUGAUUCAAAGGCUGCAAAGAAGGGUGGUGAGAGGCAGUUUAAUGGUCUGAUUGAUGUAUACAGGAAAACCAUUAAGUCUGAUGGCAUUGCUGGCCUUUACCGUGGUUUCAACAUUUCAUGUGUUGGAAUUAUAGUGUACCGUGGUCUUUACUUUGGAAUGUAUGAUUCUCUGAAACCAGUUGUAUUGGUUGGUGGGUUGCAGGAUAGUUUCUUUGCUAGUUUCCUUUUGGGGUGGGGAAUCACAAUUGGUGCUGGUUUGGCUUCCUAUCCCAUUGACACUGUGCGUAGAAGGAUGAUGAUGACUUCUGGAGAAGCUGUGAAGUAUAAGAGUUCUUUGCAUGCAUUUCAAACAAUCGUGGCAAAAGAAGGUACCAAGUCACUCUUCAAAGGCGCUGGUGCAAACAUAUUGCGUGCUGUUGCAGGUGCUGGUGUGCUUGCUGGUUAUGAUAAGUUGCAGCUUAUUAUGUUCGGAAAGAAAUACGGGUCUGGCGGGGGCUAAAAUGAUGACGACAAUUUCCUAGGAUAAUCAUGUUUCCCUUCUGAUAUGGAAUAAUUUUGAAUGGAAAUUUUGGUAUUUUGAUAUUUUCCAAAAUUUAGGACCGUGAAACAAAGAAAUCACAAUUUUGUGAACAAAAUUCUUCAUUUUGGUUGAGAAAAUGAGACUCUUUUCUUGAUUGCUAGUGUGAUGACAUGUGAUUGUGUCGCAUGAAGGUUGUUAUAUCCGAGUUUGCGUGAUGUUUAUGGACAUGAUCAAUAAGAAACAAUUAAUAUACACAUUGCUUCUA